UCCCCUUCCACUGCUUUCCCUCACUACACUCCAAGCAUAACACUGAAGCAGAGCUUUCCCCUGCAAUUUCGAUCUUCGAUUCCUCUCCACUCUUCUUCCUCCUUUCGUCUUACAACAUCACAAAAAAAUGAUUCAAGAACUCUUAUCUGCUGUUGUGGAAGAAAGGAAGCUCUCAUUCUCAGCAGAAGGUCGUCUUCUACCAAAUGAAGCUCCCUCUCCCUUCCUCUAUUCUACUUCAAUGUCCACCACAUUAUCCCCUUCUUCCUCUGCUUCCACCAUACAACUCUCAUCUUCGUCAUCACCAUCGACCGCCUCCGAGCCUCCUCAGCAAAAGCUAAGGUGCCCGCGGUGCGACUCAUCGAACACCAAAUUUUGCUACUAUAACAACUACAACCUCACCCAGCCACGCCACUUCUGCAAGACUUGCCGACGUUAUUGGACCAAAGGUGGAGCCCUCCGCAACGUCCCGAUUGGUGGCGGGUGCCGCAAGGCAAAGCCAGCACCAAUUGUAGCCGGCGGCGGUAAGUCUAGUAAUGGGACCAAGACCAACAAAUCAAUUUCUUCGCUUGAUGCUAUUGCUCGAGCCGGUUUCGGUUUGGAACCCGAGCUCUUCUCUCCAAGUCCACUUCUAUGGAGCGGGCCAGCCGCACCACCGCCGCCGGCCCCCCACACUUCCCACCUUCUCGCUCUUCUACGUGCCGGCGGAGCGGCCGGCUUUCGAGGCCUUGAACCAAAUCCUCCUCUUAGCGGGCUUAAUUCUGUUAGAAUCAAAGAGGAAGCUGGAAUUAUGGAGCCAUGGAGUCAGUUUUCAAGCACAGUUGGGAUGGGAUCUCUGUGGAAAAACGAAGGGCAGCUGCCAUAUGUACAGCUUCAGGAGAACAAUUUGUCGUCAUCAUUCGGAGAUGUGGCGGCGGCCGGGAUUCAGGAGGUUUACCAAAGGCUGAAGCAGCAGGCUUACUGCAAUGAUCAGUUGAGCAUUGCUAUGAGCAAUGGUUGGUCAUCAGCUCCUGCAGCAAUGGGUACAAGUAUUGGUGGUGGAGGGGGAAGUUCUAAUGCAGCUGUGGAUGGAGUUGAGGUUGCCAUGGGAGGUGAGUUUGGGUAUUGGAAUCCGGCCUUCUCAUCUUGGUCUGAUAUGUCCAGUACAAGUUAACCUGAAUCAUUGAUGAUUCAAAUUAUGGUUAAUUAAGAUUUUGUGGGUCUUUUUUUGGCUUUGGUUUGCGUUAGUGUUGGAGUAAAUUAUGAUUAGUUGUUUGUUGCUUUGUAGUUUGAUAUUCUUCUUCUU